UGUGUAUAGGAAAGGACAACAAGUUUACAAGGGAAAACGUCGGGUGAACAAAGACUGGUAUAAAAAACUAAAACAUGCAGAUCUUUAGCUCUGUGUAUUUGUUUGUUUUCUUGACAAGCUCUUCAUUUGCUUAUAAAGAUGGGCCCUUUGAAGUGGAAAAACUAACAGAAGAAUUUGAAGAUAUCCUGAUAGUGAAAAACAUCUCUGGAAAGACAGUUGCAGUUAUUGAAGUGUUUCAAGAUGAUGAAUAUCAACUUGUAAAGCCUGUUGCAGAAGAUGAUUAUGUUUGUUUUGUCUCACGUUUUAGAAUACAGGAAAAGGAAACCACAACAUGUUAUGAGAGUAUACCUUUACCAACAGGUGUAGAAGAUCAGAUUGAUCUCACAGAAUGUGAAGACCGUGAUAUAAUUUUCCUUCGUCCUAUUGGUUGCGAAAAGAAUGAUGUAAAGAGGGAAGAUGACAAUGACAGUGAACUAAAGAGACAAAAAAGAGGUUGCUAUACCAAACAAGAAGUAAAGAGCGUAUGCGUAGAAGAAGAAAAGUAUUGCAAGAGGUACGGAUGGUGGUUCGGAUCAGGAACGUGUGAAUCUUGGGACCAUAGAUGUUCGAAGUAUGAAGCUCGUUUAGUGACAAUUAAAGAUUGUCCGUAAUGUAAAUGUGUCAAGGCACUGUAAAACUUUAAAUGCGUUCUCAAACUAGUUUAAAAAUUAAUAAUUAUUAUAAACAAAGCAAUUACAUUUAUUGAAGCUCUAAUAUACUAAGCCAAAACUAAAUGCCCUAUGUAUUAUGUACCUGAAUUCAAAAAUAUUAAUUACAAUAAGUUUCGUGUUAAUACUAAAAAUCAUGUGCUUAAUGUUCAGAUAGUUUACACGUAGUUUGUCUUUAAGAAGAUCGUCAGAGCUCGCUUGAGUAUACAAUCAUCAAUUUAUGUAUUUGAUAUAUUUGAUAUAUACAAUCAGAUUUAUAACAACAAAUAUAUGUAUUAUAUGUAAUGGCUCUAUGUAAAACAUGCCUUAUGCUUCGAGUUAAUAAAUGAAUCAAAUCAAU